AUGGGCAAGUUAACUGGAAUUUCGGAUCUUCAACGAGUUGAACUUGAUCAUGACGACACAAAAAUGAAUAUCUAUUUCAAUCCGCUUGGAAGCUCUCCGGUGUGCUUAUCGCUGUUCUCCGAUAUGACGUACUACGUCGCUGAUCAAAAACCAGCCCAACUGGUGCUUUUCGACUACUACAACCCUGAGGAACAGUUAAAAUCCUCCUACUCAUCAAAACAAACGCGGUCGUUACCGGAGACAUGUCCGGAUUGCUGGCAGACGGGUGAUUCGUUCAGUCCAGCUCCAACGAGAGGACAUUCAAGCAGUACAACACCUUCUGCGCAGGGUAUGUUUGUCGGUGUUGUCGCGUUUGUGCUGUGGCAACUUUUACUGUAA